ACAAACCGGAAGUUGCUGCUCUGCUACUAAAGAUGGUAGCCAGUUAAGAAUCGAGCUAAUUAGUAGCUUUCAAGCAAGAUAUUCAUCUCAAUAUAAAACAUACAGCGCCGUAGAAAAGGACCAUUAGUCGUAACUGACGAGAUAGAGCCUACCUGCCUUUCCACGUGGAAGAAAACGGAGGACAGAGACGUGCUAACUACGGAGUUGGCUUUUCUACAAGGAAUCUGCAGGACAACAUGAGUGGAGAGAAGGAAACAUUGCUGGAUGAAAUCGAACAAAGUUUACAGUGUCUAACCAAGGACAAUUUACAAUACCUGUGUGAACGUUGUGGAAUAGAUGGGUCCCAAGUUAAAGGAAAGAACCAUUGCGUAUUGCAACGUAAAAUCUUGGAGGAAAUGUGGGUAAAUGCAAAUUCGGUCAAAUCGGAGGAGCAUGUAAUGUCUUGGUUACUCCAACUGAAAGAUGACAUCAGGAGGAUACAGGAAGAAUCUACUGUGGCACCCAUGAGACCCAGCCGAUCUGAUGAUGAUGCUACAGACUGCGACAUGGAAAACAAGGAUCGGUGUCUUAGCAACGGGCUGGAGGCGGAGUCAGCUCCACAGAACCACACCCCAGAGCAGAGGCAGAGGGGUGACAUGUCUCUCCCACCCGCCUCCCCUCUCCCCGAGUCCCCAGGUCCUUCCUCUCCCGCUGGCACAUUACUACUGGGUUUGAAGAGUGUGUCUCUGCGGCUGGUUGACUGCAGGAAAACACUGGGGCUGAGUGGAACUACGAGAGGAGGAGAAGAGAAGGGAUAUGGAGAUUCAGAUUCGAUGUUAUCAAGUAGGAACAAUGGGGACAACCCUAACGGUCGCUCGCUCAGUGGGAGGGUCUUAUCAUCUGGGAAGGCUCCAGGGUUGAAAGUGAUCCAGCGACCUUACAGCUGUGAUGUAUGUGAGAAGAGUUUCACUCAAUCAGGAAACCUACGAAGACACCAAACAGUACACACAGGAGUGCGACCAUAUGUCUGUCCUAUAUGCGGAAAGAGUUUCCUUUUGUCAGGAACACUGUCUAGACACAAGAGAACACACACAGGAGAGAAACCAUACGGCUGUCCUAUAUGUGGAAAGCGUUUCCGUAUGUCAGGACAAUUGACUAUACACAAGCGAACACACACUGGAGAGAAACCUUAUAGCUGCGAUCAAUGUGGGAAGCGUUUUACUCAAGCUUGUUCCCUGACUGAACACAAGCGAACACACACUGGCGUGAUGUUCCACUGCUCAGACUGUGAGAAGAGCUUCCCUACAUCAGUGAAGUUGAAACGGCACCAGCAAACGCACACAGGAGAGAAAUCUUAUCGCUGUGAUCAAUGUGGGAAGAGUUUUGCGAGAGCUUAUUCCCUGACUGAACACAAGCUAACACACACAGGAGAGAAACCAUAUGUCUGCGAUCAAUGUGGGAAGAGAUUUACUAACUCGGGAACACUGACUUUACAUAAGCCGACACACACUGGAGAGAAACCUCGUAGCUGUGCUAUAUACAGCUGUAAGCACUGUGAGUGGAGUUUCGCUCAUUCAGAAGACCUAGCGAGACACCACCAGAGAAAACACAUGUGGGAGGGUAUUCAUGUCUGUGAUCAAUGUGGGAAGAGUUUUGCUAGUUCUGGAGACCUGAAUAUACACAAGCGAAUACACACAGGUGAGAAACAAUAUGUCUGUGAUCAGUGUGGAAAGAGUUUUGCUAGUUCGGGAAACCUGAAUAUACACAAGCGUAUACACACUGGGGAGAAACCAUAUGUCUGUGAUCAAUGUGGGAAGAGCUUUGCCUCAUCUGGAUUCCUGACUAAACACAAGCAUAUCCACACCGGAGAGAAACCUUACAGUUGUGAACGGUGUGAGAAGAGAUGUGUUUCCAAAGGAGAGUUGAGAACGCACCAGCUUGUACACCCCAGAGAGAACUCUCUCUUCCUGUGUGAUCGAUGUGGGAAGAGCUUCACACACAUGGGAUCCCUGAAUGUACACAUGCGUAGGCACACAGGAGAGAAACCCUACCGCUGCGAUCAAUGUGGGAAGAGCUUUAUUCAGCCAGUAGAAUUGAAAAUGCACCAACGAGUGCACACUGGAGAGAAACCCUACAGCUGUGAUCUAUGCAGGAAGAGAUUCGCUCAGUCAGGACUGCUGACUGUACACAAGAGAACACACACUGGAGAGAAACGUUAUAAAUGUGAUAUAUGUGGGAAAAGAUUUGCUCAGUCAGGAAACCUGAAGAGUCAUCAGAAAACCCACACAGGCAGAAAGAGAACCCGCACAGGUGGACAGAAAAUCCCCACAGGCAGAGAGAGAAGUCAAACAGACAGACUGAAUCACCACCAUACCUCCCUCCUCUCAGGCAUCAGUUCUCAGGAUUCCUCUGUGGACUCUGGGUAAACAUCACAGGAUCCCCUCUGUAUUGACUCUGGGUAAACAUCACAGGAUCCCCUCUGUCGACUCUGGGUAAAAUAGCCCUCUCUGUAUUCCAUAUACAGUGUACAUUGGAGGUGGCAGAGUAUGAAGUGCUGUUGGAUAUGUAAGACUCCUCAAGUCAUAUUGGUUAGUAUUUUGUUACAAUACGAAUAUCCGCAAGUGAUUUUAAUGUGCGUUUGUGUCUGACCACGUCCACCGGGAAUUCUUAUUGGUCAAUAGUGGCCAUGGUUUUAAAAUUUACUAGCCUAGAAUAUAUUGCCUUACGAGAAUUUUGUCCAUAGAGGGACACCAUUAUCAAGUUUCCUGCAGAUCAGGUCAUUCGGUUGCAGAGGAGUAAUGGUUUUUAAGUGGGUUUUUUCAUUCAAUUCAAAAUGGCAGAAAAUCCAUCAUGGUGGCACUUCUGGUUCUGAGGAGAAGGAUCUAUAUAUCUAUAUCUAUAUAUCUAUAUCUAUAUAUAUAUAUACUGCAUUUCAUGACUUUAGAUCAAAAUUUGCAUUUUCAAUCUCUUGUUAUAGCGCCACCAUCUGGUCAAAUCAGUGUGUGUGAGCUCUAAAAAGGGCAGGAUGCAUCAUUCACUGGAGUGUUUUGUCAAAAUCGGGCCAGUAGUGUCAGAUAAUUGCGUGUGACAAACCUAAAAAUGUACAAACGGGAUGAACAUGGUGCUUUCAAGAUAACUGGGAACUCUGGGAGGGACAAGGUCAAUAUAUUCCAGAUGAGGUCAUGACAUUGGUGAUCUGGUACGGCUGAACUGUGAUGCAAUAGGGGUGUGUUCCUACG